AUGGGCGCCGAUGAGAUAGUGGCAUUUCAACCGGAAAACAAAAUCUUGAAUAAAUUGAAAGAUGAGAAUGAUGAGGAUGAUGAGGAUGAUGAGGAAAAUCAAGUAGCCGAACCAGACGAAGAUAGUGAUAAAACAAUAGAAAUACUCCAACAAGACGAAGAAUAUGAUGAAAGAAACGAAUUAGUCGAAGCAGACGAAGAAAAUUAUAUAAUCAAAUCAGAUGAAGAAAGUGAUCAAGAAAAUAAAGAAUCAGUUAAGCCAGAUGACGAAAGCAAUGAAAAAAAUGAAUUACUCAAAGCAGACGAUGAUACAUUAAACGAUAUGGUACAAGAAGCAAAAACAGCCGGCGAUUACGCUGAUUUGUUUGGAACUAAUCAGCAUUAUAAUAUUCCUGAUACGUACCAAGAUUUUGGAAGAAGAUUUGUCUUAAACUAUCCAUAUUACGAGAAGAAACCUACAUCAGAGGAUGCCGCUGAAACUGAGUUAGACAAUGCUAUAAAGCAACAUCUGGCAGCUAAGAAAUUAUCUGAUAGAAGACUUUUACCGCAUAAGGCACCACCAGAGUUCGUCCUGGCCAUUGCAAAACAAUCAGUUCUUUUAGAAUCUAUGAAACCAAAAAAACCCACACAUAAAAUAAAAAGAAAAGAUAUUCUCAGAACUGGGGAUUAUUGGAACGAUGUGUGGAAAGAAGAUGUAGAUGUUAAUAAAGUCCUACGAUCAUCCAAUACAAAUCAAAAUGAAUUGGUAAGACUUAAACAUUGUAGAAACAUACAUUUAGGGCCGAUUCACACCGGAACGCAGAAGCCAGCAGCGGCUGGCAGCAGCCGUAAGCGACCGGUAGGAUACGACGAGGCAAAAAAAUCAGUACCAGGCUAUACCGCUGACAAGACGCGCACGGCCGCCCUUUUCGAACUUCUCAAGCGAUUUUGGUCUCUUAACUAUGUAGAUAAAGUUUAA